GUAAAAAGCAGAGGACAAAAUCUUGCCUUCUUCAUCUUGAGUAGCUCACAGAGGUGGAGGAGAAGGAAGUGGGUCGUGGAGAUGAAAGCUGGAAGACUUCCUGAUUACAGUUUUCUAUCCAUACUUUGUUUCCUGUCCAGUUCAGUGCUGUCUCAAACACAGUAACUGACUAUGUUAUCAUAACUGGGAUCAUCUUGUUCAAGGCCCAAACACAGAAGAUGAGGAAAUCAGAAAUUACCACCACUCCUGAAGGAGACACAGUUAUAGAGAGAAAUGAAGCUGAUAUAACCAUGGGUAGCCCCAAGCAGCAAGUCUCCUGGCCCUUGAUUUGUUCUGUUGCAUCCUCUGUGCUUGGAUCUUUGCAGAUUGGAUACCAUAUUGGGAACAUGAAUGCUCCCCAGAAGGUCAUUGAGGAUUUCUUCAAUGAGACCUGGGCGUUCCGUUAUGAGAAGCCAGUCCCACUGCCCAUCCUGUCUGUGCUUUGGUCUCUGACAGUCAGCAUCUUAGCACUGGGAGCAACAGCAGCAGUGCUGAGUGUUAGUUUGUUUGCUGAUAACUUAGGAAGGAGGAACUCCAUUCUUCUUACCAACAUGCUGGCCAUCUUGUCUGUUCUGCUAAUGGGCUUCUCAAAGAUGGCGGGAUCUCCAGAGAUGCUGAUUAUUGGACGCCUGGUGAUUGGUCUGUACAGUGGACUUAGCAUGGCCCUCAUACCACUCUACAUUCAAGAGGUGUCACCUACCGCUCUGAGGGGAGCCUUCUCUACCAUGAACCAACUUUUCUACACUAUUGGCAUCUUCCUUGGACAGGUUAUGAGUCUCGAGGAAAUGCUGGGUACUCCCAAACACUGGCCACUAAUGCUGUCCUUGUCUGUGGUGCCGGCUGUCAUUCAGUAUACCUCACUCCCUUUCUGUCCUGAGAGUCCACGCUACCUUCUCAUCAACAAGAACCAGGAGUACAGAGCAUUAAGAGCACUAUGGGAUCUGCGUGGUACCACUGAUGUUGUGGCUGAAUUUCAGGAAAUGAAAGAGGAAAUGUUACACCUCCAUAAGGCAUCAAAGGUCACCUGCUGCCAGCUCUUCUCGGUCCCUCAAUACCGCCAACCUAUCAUUAUUGCUCUUGUCCUGGCUGCCAGUACACAACUCUCGGGCUUUAACGCUGUAAUUAACUUCUCAACAGAGAUGUUCACAAGUGCAAGAAUCAAAAAACCUGAAUAUUUCACUCUUGGUGUUGGAAUGGUGAACAUCAUGUUUACAGCUCUGUCGGUACUUCUUGUGGAAAAGGUUGGAAGGAGAACACUUUUAUUAGUGGGACAGAUGGCCAUGGUGAUAUGUACACUUCUGCUCACCGUCACAACUUCACAAUAUACUGAAGGGAGAUGGGUUAGCUGUUUGCUGGUUAUGUCCAUCUUUUCGUUUGUGGCUUUCUAUGAGUUGGGCCCAGGUCCCAUCACCUGGUUUAUCACUGCUGAACUGUUCAGCCAGUCAGCUCGACCAGUUGCUAUGGGGGUGUCUGGAUGCUGUAACUGGAUAUGCAAAUUCUUAGUGGCCAUGAUCUACCAACCACUUACUGACCUCAUAGGCUCGUACUGCUUCCUUGUCUUUGCAGCCUGCCUCUUCUGUGCCUUUAUCUAUACCUGGAGGAAUGUACCAGAAACCAGGGGACGGACCUUUGAAGACAUCACUUUGGAAUUUAGUCAGACAGAAGUACGUCAACCUGGUAGAUUUUACAACACUCCAGACCCAUUGUACUAUGGUACAUAUGAAAAUGGAUCACUCUGAGGAAAAGCUAGGG